AUGCCUUCAGAGAAGCGCUCGUCACAGAACUGCGACAACGACGAGCGUGCGCACAAGAAACAUAAACAUCGGAAAGACAAGGGGAAGGAUACCGACCGUAACGAGAAGAAGAGAGACAAACGAGAGAGAGCAGCACUCGAAGUUGUAGAUGAUGAUGAUGAGGGCGUUUGGGUCGAGAAGAACAUAGACGAGGAUGGUGCUAUAUCGUUAGUGGCGGACAUUCCCAGUGCAGCAGACAUGCGACUCAAAUCUCACGCUAGCUCCCCACCACCUGUUCCAUUACCUCCUUCCACUGCCACGUCUUCCUCUCAACGAGAAGAGUGGAUGCUUCCACCACCCUCUUACCAGUCAACUAAGCCCAUCGUGCCCUCACCUUUGUCGGCACACCCUGUGCAGGCAGAACUCGAGACCGAUGACAACGGCCAAAUGACGGAAGGUUAUGGCGAUGAGGCUACCAGUGGUCGCACAUUGGAGGGCGGAGUCGAUUUUUUCAGCAGUUUAGGAACAGAACGGAAGAAGAAACCAACGGCUCCCGAACCCGUAAGUCAUAAAUGCACCUGUUCUAGAGCCAAAGCUGAUUGCAUGCAUCAGCCGAAAUACAGUCAACGCGAGCUCAACCCUGACAUAAACCCCAGCGCUGCUCCCUUGUCCAAAGAGCGUUCAUCCAAGAUCGUGCCAGGUGGCCCGGGAUCCAGUUGGCGAAUGGCGAAACUUCGUCACACCUACGAGGAAGCGGAAGACUCUGGCCGCGAUAUCGACGAAGUUGCGCUGGAACGGUAUGGCAGCGUGGAAGCGUGGCAGGAAGCGAAAGAAGAAAGAAAAAUAUUGGACGAAAGGAAUGAUAGGACACGCAAUCGUGGAGAUCGAGAUGUGGACCGAAGGCGAGGCGGCAGGGACGACCGUGACGACAACGACCGAAGGGAACGGUACGGCCGCACCGACAUUUCUUCUGGCAGCAGCCGUCCUGCAAGCAGAUCAAGUUUUCGUGGUCCCAAUGAGUCAAAUCCGUCCACACCUGGUGUCCGCACCGCUCAGAGCAGUUCCUUCAACACACCCGCAUCUCGUGCGUCCCCGCGUCCGACGUUCAUUCCUCGUACCUCUCUACCAGCCGCUCUGACGCCGCCUGUGCGAGUCCAAGCAAUAUCUGCCUCCGGGUCUGGGGCCGUGCCGACUACAGAAAGCCUCAACAAGCUCCAGGCCAAAGUCCUGCGAGCGAAGCUCAUGAACGCCCCCAGUGCUGAGGCGCUGCAGCAGGAGUACGACGCCGCUGUGAGACGGCAUGAGGAGGCAAAUACCGCUGGAGAAACACGCACUGAGGCGUUGCCGGUCUUCGAUGUCCAGGGUCGGCUUUACGAUAUUGGCAGCGAGUCGGUACUUCCGCCUGGCAAUGAACGGAAGCGCAAGCCGCUCGAUAUCUACGACAGAGAAGGAAAUGUGCUACGUGUUAACGAUGAUGACGACACGCUGUCUCUUGGAGAUAUGCUACGACAAGAAAAGGCCGCUGCGAAAUCCGCCGACGGGGCAGAUAUGGACGCGGAACUGGCGCGAAAGAUUGCCACGGACGCAAAGUUCGAGGAUGACUUGGACUAUAUCGACGACAAUGCGGAGAAGCUUGCUCGUAAGCGAAUGAGAACUGAAGCAAUGAAACGGGCAUUUGCGAUCGAUGACUAUGCGCGGACGAAGAAAGCGCUCGAUACGUGUCCAUUUUGUUUUGGCGAGGACGAUUCUGCACCCAAGGCUGGUGUCGUUGCUAUGGGCACCAGAGCAUACCUUGCUGUACCAGCCUUUGAAGAACUAGUAGAUGGGCACUGCUAUAUCGUGCCUGUACAACAUCAUCUAAGCAUGUUGGAAGCCGAGGAGGAAGUGUGGGACGAAGUGAAGAAUUUCAUGAAAACGCUUAUGCAGAUGUACAACGACCAGGGUAAAGCUCCGUUGUUUUGGGAAACGGUGAUAUCCCUUAAACCCCAGAAACACACGUAUAUCGAGGUCAUUCCGCUUCCCAUUUCAUCGUGGCAGGAUGCACCCGCGUACUUCCGUGAAGCUAUUCUUGCAUCGGAGUCGGAUUGGACGCAGCACAACCCUCUCAUUGACUUCAGCAAGCGUCCCGGCGGUUUCCGUCGGAUGAUGGUGGAAACCUUGCCGUACUUCAUGGUUCAAUGGGACUACAAGAGCGAGAAAGGUUACGGUCAUGUCAUUGAGGGUGACAGUGGUGGCGUAGCUGAUGAGGAUAAUGACUAUGCCGGGGAAGAGGAAGGGAGGAAGGGUACAUUCCCAAGAAACUUUGCAGCCGAGAUCAUCGGCAACAUGCUGGAACUGGAACCUCGAAAGUGGAUGCAUCCGAGAAGAGUCGACUACAGUAUGAACAGCCAGCGAGCAAAGUCAUUCGGGAAGAUGUAUGCGAAGUAUGAUUGGACACCCCAAUUGCGUGCUGGGUGA